AUGAGCUAAAGAUCAAGAUGAAGAAAGAGAUGCACAACACCUACAUCUUGGCUUUAGAUGGGGACACAGACUUCCAUCCGGCUGCUGUGAUGCUGCUGAUUGAUCGCCUGAAAAUGUACCCGCUUGUUGGGGCGGCGUGUGGAAGGAUUCAUCCCACUGGUUCAGGUCCCAUGGUGUGGUUCCAAAAAUUUGAGUAUGCUGUCGGCCACUGGCUCCAGAAGGCAGCAGAGCACGUGAUUGGCUGCGUGCUGUGCAGCCCGGGCUGCUUCAGUCUGUUCAGGGCAGCUGCCCUCAUGGACAACAAUGUGAUGAAGACAUACCUCACCAAGUCCACCGAGGCCAGGCACUACAUCCAGUAUGACCAAGGUGAGGACCGCUGGCUGUGUACUCUGCUACUGAAGCAGGGCUGGAGGGUUGAGUACAACGCAGCCUCUGAUGCUUACACCAACGCCCCCGAGGAGUUCAAUGAAUUCUACAACCAACGUCGUCGAUGGACACCGUCCACCAUGGCCAAUAUAGUGGAUUUGCUGGGCAGCACCAACAUCGUUGCCAAGAGGAACAAAUCCAUGUCCAAGCUCUACUUGUUGUACCAUCUCUUUUCCAUGGCAUCAUCUGUACUGGGGCCUGCUACCAUCUGCCUCAUGAUCGGAGGUAGUUUUACCUUCCUGUUGGAUAUUGACGGCAGCACCGCUAUGGUCUUGGCUGUGAUACCCCCCGCUAUCUACCUGGGUCUCUGCUUCAAGGUCAAGUCCAACACUCAGCUCACUAUUGCAGCAGUCCUCAGCGUUUUCUAUGCCUUCUUCAUGCUGGUAGUGGGAGUGACCAUCAUAAGCACUAUGGUGAAAGAGCAAACCAUCCUGACUCCCAGCAGCAUCUUUGUCAUCGCCAUGGCAAUCCUGUACCUCAUCACCGGCUUGAUGCAUCCCCAGGAGUUUCCCCUCGUAUUCUACGGUUUCCUCUACAUCCUCUGCAUCCCCAGCGCCUACCUCCUGCUGACCAUCUACUCCAUGGUCAACAUGAAUAAUGUGUCCUGGGGCACCAGGGAGACAGCGCCUGCUCCUGGGGCUGCCAGGCCUGCAGCCAGCACCCCACAAACAAGAGUCCAGCAAGCCAGAAGCACGGUGGCAUCGUUCUUCCGGAAGCUCAGAUGCUGCAGAAACCUCUGUCCGAGGGCCAGCAGAGAGGAAGUCAGCGUCAGCCAGGAGAGCCUGACACCUGAGGGGCCACAGCCUGUAUCUCAACCACAAAACACGAUUGUGGAGGAUGUAGAGGCUGCUGUGGAGGAGCAGAGGCACGAGGAACCUGCUUUCACAUGUCCCCACCAAUGCUGGGUCUCACAACUGCAGAGCAUAUCUGAAGACAUGUACCUGCAAGAGGACACUCUGGACCAGGAUGAGACAGAGUUCUUUGGAGAGCUGCAGGCAAAGUACCUGUAUCCUCUGCCUGAGGACAAAGAGAAACAGAAAAAAAUCACCAAUGACCUUCGAGAACUGAGAAACAAGAUAUGUUUUGCCUACUUCAUCUGCAAUGCCCUGUGGCUGGUGGCGACAUUCACCCUCCAGUUCUUUGAGGCCAGCGUCUCCAUUCAGUUCCCCAAACUCACUGUCGACUUGGAAGUUACUGGGGAGUAUAUCACCGUCGAACCCAUUGGAUUCAUGUUCAUCUUGGCCUUCGCCAUGUUGAUCCUGAUCCAGUUUCUGGCCAUGCUGUACCACAGAUUUUACACUCUGAUCCAUUUUGUGGCGUUUGAGGAAACUGAGCCCAGGACCCCGAAAAGUCAAACCAAACAGGUCACGGAUUCUGAAAUCGAUGAUACCGAUGACGAAGUUUUUUUUCCAAGCCUGGAGUACAGAAUGCAUGAUGGUGGGACUCUGGUGUGAAGGAGAGCAUGAGAACACAGCUUCUGCCUGUGUGUGUGUGUGUUUGUGUGUGUGUGUGUGUGUGUGUGUAUCACUUGCACUUCUACUCAGGGAUUUGAAGAUAUCUCAUAUAUAUAUAUUUGUA